AACAUGGUGCAGAGGGUAGCAAUAAUUGGGGCGGGCCCCUCCGGUCUGACCAGCAUAAAGGCCUGUCUGGAGGAGGGCCUGGAGCCCACCUGCUUUGAGAGCAGCGACGACAUGGGCGGACUGUGGAAGUUCAAGGAGGUGUCGGAGACUGACAGGGCCAGUAUCUACCGUUCUCUCACCAUCAACACCUCCAAGGAAAUGAUGUGCUACAGCGACUUCCCCAUCCCCGCGGAUUACCCCAAUUACAUGCACCACUCUAAAAUCCUGACGUACCUCCGGAUGUAUGCGGAGCACUUCAAACUGCUACAGCACAUCCACGUCCAGACAAGGGUGAAGAGUGUUAAACAGAGGUCAGACUUUUCUCGCACUGGUCAGUGGGAGGUGGUAACUGAGAACUGUGGGGGACAGGAGGAGAGGCAUGUCUUCGAUGCAGUCAUCAGCUGCUCAGGUCACUACACUUACCCUCACCUGCCACUCAAAGACUUCCCAGGAAUUGAGACAUUCGCGGGCAAGUACCUCCACAGCUGGGACUACAAGGGACCCGAGGACAUGUAUGGGAAAAGGGUGGUGGUCAUCGGCAUCGGUAACUCAGGGGGCGACAUCGCUGUGGAGAGCAGCAGAGUAGCAGAGCAGGUCUACUUGAGCACUCGCCGUGGUGCCUGGGUCAUCCGUCAGGUGUCGGACAACGGUCUGCCGGUGGACAUGAAGUACAACACGCGUUUUGUUCACAUCCUCUUCCAACUGCUGCCCGUUAACUUUCUAAACUGGGUUGGCGAGAAGAAAGUAAACGCCAUGUACGACCACACCAUGUAUGCACUCAAGCCCAAACACAGGCUGUUCAGCCAGAUUCCAGUCAUUAAUGACGACCUGCCCCUCAAGAUUUUGUCCGGGUCUGUCAUUAUCAAGCCGAACGUGAAGGAGAUCCGUGGCUCCACUCUGGUGUUCGCUGACGGCAGUGUCGUGGAGAAGGUAGAUACACUUGUGUUUGCCACUGGAUACAGCUACGACUUCCCCUUCCUUCCUCCUAAUGUCAUGCACAAGUCUGGCCACCGUGUGGGUCUCUACAAGCAUGUCUUCCCCCCCAGCAUAGAGCACCCCACCUUGGCUUUGGUGGGUUUCAUCCAUGCCCUGGGAGCCAUCAUGCCUCAGGCUGAGAUGCAGGCUCGCUGGGUCACCCGUGUCUUCAAAGGGCUGAACAAGCUGCCUUCCAACCAGGCCAUGAUAAAGGCGGUUGAGAGGGAUACCGAGGACAUGGAGAAAAGCUACAUCGUGUCCAAGCUGACACCCCUGCAGGUGGACUUUGUCUCCUACAUGGACGACUUAGCUGGAGAGGUUGGUGUGCGGCCAAGCCUUCUGUGGCUCUUCUUCACAGACUACUCACUAUUCAAGAAAGUGUUGUGGGGGCCCGUCACAGCCUACCAAUACCGUUUGACGGGACCAGGAAAAUGGGACGGGGCCCGCAGAGCAAUCUUCACCCAGUUUGACCGCAUGUACCAGGCCCUGAAAACAAGACCGGUGGCAGAGCCUGAGACUUCGAUUGCUGGCCCGAUGCUAAAGCUGAGCCUGGCUGUCAUGGCUGGAGGAGCCGCCAUCUACUAUGUCCAUGUCCGCAACCCCUCCACCAUCCCCACCUUACUCUCCAACCUAUGUCCACAGACAGCUUGA